AUGGAAAGUCUGAAAAUCACCGUAAAGGAACUGCUUAGAAAGACAGAGUCCCAAAUAGAUAAGAUAGCCUUCCUGCAUGCAAAUCCAACCCAGGCUAGAGAAAUAAAGAGGACAAUUGACACUUUGGACAAUCCUCAGGAGCUUCUUAGAAGAUGUAUUGCAAGGAUGGAUAAACUGAAUUCACUGAUGAAUCCAAUGAAACACACCAUUUCUACUAUUCCAUCCAUAGAAGAGCAACUGAAGUACUUAUAUGAAAGGAAAAAAGCAUUUGAUGAAAACAAAGUCUAUACUCUUCUUGCCAAAAACAAAGUCAAUGUAAUGCUUUCUAACAAAAAAGCAGCAUUCAAGAGCAAGGGAAAAACAUUGAGCUAUGAAUUCAAAGAAAAGCUUACAGGAUUCCUAACAAGGAGAGGUUGUGCCUCGUGGAGUGACGAGAAAAUAGACGACUUCAUCAGUUCGAUGAUGAAAUAA